GGAUGCAGCCGCCCCAAGAGACACAUAGGCUUUCAACCACAAUUGAUAACCGCGGUGGGCGAAUCCAUUCCCUGUUCACAUCCCCCGUACUUCAGAGGACUCCCCAUGGUAGCCCGGAUACCACGCACGUCAGAGGGUCGGAAGUUUCUUCGGUCCGUUACGUCCAGGACCAUGGCAGGGCGGCCCUACCCAAGGACAAGGACAAGGAUAACAAGGAGAGCACAGGGCGCCGGCUGCUGAACAUGCUGAGAAAAACUCUUAAAGGGUCUGAGAGUGAAGAACGGGAAGUAGUACCUGAGAUACCAACUUUGGAGCCAUUUGGGGAUGUGGUUGGCUGCCUGGCUGUUCAUAUAAAGAAUUGUGGACAUUUUACGCCUAAGAUCAGUUUACUACAUUACACUAAUUUAUUCAUUCGCAUCUCUAUAAACAAUGUUGUGAAAUAUACAAAAUUUCGUAGCUUGCUGUCCAAAAACAAUGAAAAGAACACUGCACUUAAGUUUGGUGAAAUAAAGUAUUUCUCUGUACAGGUUCCUAGGCGUCAAGAUGAUGAACGGAAUAAUAUUCACUUGGAACUAAUGCAAUAUGACAAUAUAAAAAAAAAUCCUCUCUUAUUAGGGAGUGUUCAGGUACAUCUUUAUGAAGUAAUUCAGAAAGGGUGCUUUACUGAGGAAUUCGGAAUGUUGAAUAAAAACACAUUUAUCUGCAGGCUGGAGGUGGAAUUUAUGUUUUCCUAUGGAAACUUUGGUUAUGGAUUUUCACAUCAGUUAAAACCUCUUCAGAAAAUUAUUGAGCCAUCCAUGUUUAUGAAUAUUGCACCACCUCCAGAAAGAACAGAUCCUGAGACAAAUGUUAUUAUACCACAGCCAGUAGAAUAUCCAGCAUUCUUAUCCCCAGACCUGAAAGUUACUGUGGGGAUUCCAAGUUCUGUGCACCACUCCAACCAGCCAUCUGUAGUGCGACUUGAAAAACUUCAACAACAACCCCGGGAAAGGCUGGAAAAAAUGAAAAAAGAAUAUAGAAAUCUGAGUACAUGGGUAGAAAAAGCUGGCUAUUUAGAAAAUAUUCUUAACCCAAAAUUGGAACAUAAAGAUUCUAAGAAAAGUAAUACAAAUGAGGAACCUGAAAGCAUGGAUAAUAAUCAAUCUGGAGAGAAGCCUGAAAAUAUUGUAACAUUACAUGUCCCUCUUGUAAACAAGGAAGCUGAAACCACUCCAAGUGAGCUACUGAAUACUUAUAAUAAGAAAGGCCUGACUAUACCGACUGUGAACCAAUUGGACCAAGAUGAUUCAACUGCUGUUGCUCCUAAAAGGGUUGAAUCAGCACUUCUAACCAUGGAUCCUCCAGUGCACAUUAUUCCUAGCCUGGAAAUAACAGAAGAGGACAAAACACCACCUUUAGAGGAAUACCCAUCAGGAGCUGUGCCAGAUGAAAAAAUGAAAUAUGCAUUAUUUCCACCAGAAGUGAAAUUGAGAGAUAAAUAUUCAGGGAUUUUAAGAACAAACUCAUCUGCAUCAGAGGUAAAGUUGAGAAUUAUCUGUAUAAAUCCAGAGAGAGUCAGGAGGAGGAACUUAGAUUAA